UGUCGGGUCUCGACCCUGACCCUGGGAAUUUGUUUGAAAGUCCACAUCUUUCAGCCCACCUCCGAUCAGACGUUUUCUGAACAAACCACCCUCGUUUCCCUUGCCAUUGGCCGCCGAAUGAGCUGAUUGCUUUUUCCACCGGGGGUUUAUCUUGAACAUCACCGUGUCUGCUGCCAGCAAGAAGCCCCGUCGCCCGUAUGUCGUCGUCCACCGCGCACGAAGCCUCCGUCGACCACCCAACCUCCUCCGUUGCCAGCUCGAGAUCGGGAUCCCAAACGCCGCAUGCCUCGAAUAAACCGUCGCCGCAGCCCUACCAUCAAUCUACCGCCUCGUAUCUCUCCUACCCGGUCAGCCACGUCGUCUCGGGGCUCUACCGUCGCCUGACGGACCCCAACGUCGGGAAAGACAAUAAUAAUAGCACCAAGAAAAAUGGCGCCAGCAAAGCGUCAAAGACCACCCCUUCCUCCAUGACCUCCUCCUUCUCUUCGGCUGGAGGUAUCUACACCCCGCAUCGCACCGCGUCGCCGUUCCAGCCCCCGCCUCUCACCCCGCUGACCCUCCUCACCUCCGCGACGGGCCUCCCCUCCCAGAGCCUGCAGCAACAGCUGCUGACGCGCGCUCUCGCCGAGGAGAUCCGCCUACUGGUGCCCGCGCGCCUGCAGCUCGUCGACACCUGGCGCCUGGCGUACAGCCUCGACCGUGACGGCGCCUCCCUGGCCACCCUGUACGAAAACUGCAAGGAGAUCUCCCACCGGAGCCCGCGGGCGGGCUACGUGUUGGUCGUGCGCGACUCGCUUUCCUCCGCCGCCGUCUUCGGCGCAUACAUGACCGACCCCCCACACCCAUCUCCUCACUACUUCGGCACGGGUGAGUGUUUUCUGUGGCGCGCCAGCGUCCUCGCCCCCCCGACCGCCCUGGGGCUCGCGCCCGGGCCCCAGGCAGAGGAAUUGCUCGAGUUGGCCGGCCUGCCGCUUCCCCCAUCCGCAGACACGACGAAUGCAGGUCGCUCGACAACGCUGCGCAUGGAAAAGGCCCCCAGGAGGGAUACCGAGAAUGGCCUUCCCGACCUGUUGACAACAUCCCUGCGCUCAGACGCCGGUGCAGUCUCCCCCAGUGGAACAAGUACCCCGGAACGCAUCCGCUUCAAGGCCUUCCCGUACAGCGGAGUCAACGAUUACAUGAUCUUCUGCGAGACGGGGUUUCUCAGUCUAGGCGCCGGUGACGGCCAUUACGGCCUCUGGCUGGACUCCAGCUUCGAAAAGGGUGUCAGUGCCUCCUGCGAGACAUUCGGCAACGAGCCCCUCUCUGACGAAGGCACGAAAUUCGACGUCCUAGGCGUGGAGGUCUGGUAUGUAGGUGCUUGAUUGGCCCCGGGGGGGAGACCACCUGUCAUAUAAGCCAUGUCUAUAUCCCUUCCAUUCUAUAACGCCAAAUCGGUAAGAUAAGAUGGGCCCCCUAUACGGAUGGAGUUACGCUGCUCUACAACGACUUUUUGCGUAUUUUAAAUACCCUGUUCUUGAAAUAUAAUCUCAGUUUUUAUUCAUUAUCCUUCUGUCCUUCUGCCUAUUCUACCUAAAUACGCAAACAGUGUUCAAUACGACCGAGAAGUAGAAAUAUUGCAUAUCUGUUG